CACAUGACCUACAUUGAAGUACAACAUGUCUGCAUUGUAAACAGUACUGCAAAUAUGUCUCUAGAAUACAAGACUAUCACAUAAUAUUCUGCAAUCAACGUUUGCCUGCGUAAGGGCAACACAGAUGAUGAUGAUGAUGAAGAAGAUGCUGACUGCUGCACGAUUCAGGUCUCAGUUGUGGAGUCUGAAGAUGCCUAGCCUCUGUCACAGAAGCUUUGCUGACAUCUCCAAUUACAAAGCUGUCAUUUUUGACAUGUAUGGAGUUCUCAUUCCGUCACCUGUCAAAUUGGCAACAGUGUUUGAACAGCAGAACAGUGUUCCUCUGGGCACGCUGGGCAAGGCCAUCAGGACAGGUGGGGAGGUGAAUGCGUGGAAGAGGUUCAUGCGUGGAGAGAUUGGGGCUGAGGAGUUUGUGGAGGCCUUCGGCAGGCAGUGCAGUGAGAUAGCAGGAAGUCCUGUUCCCAUUGGCUCAUUCUUGUCUAAUCUGACCAGUGGGCCAAUGACCAGGCCUCUACCCGUCAUGAUGGAGGCCAUUUUGUGUGCUCGCUCCAGGGGCCUGAAGACUGCAGUCCUCAGCAACAACUUCCUCCAGCUGAACGGUGACCCCUUCCUGCCUCUGGACCACUCUCUCUUCGAUGUGAUAGUUGAGUCGUGUAGGGAGGGCCUCAGUAAGCCAGACCCUAGGAUCUACCACCUGUGCCUGAACAGACUGGGUGUCUCUGCCCAUGAGGCUGUGUUUCUGGAUGACCUGAAGUUAAACGUUGAGGUAGCUGCCCAGCUAGGGAUGCAUGCUAUCAAGGUAGGGGACAUUGCAGUGUCAGUGAAGGAGCUGGAAGGGGUGCUGGGGAUCCCCCUGUCAGGGUUUGUUCCUGGGCCUGGUUCUGCCCCUGGGGCCACAAAGCUCCCUAUGGACCAACUCACACAGUACCUGAGGAAGGCUCUCCAUCUGUCUGACAAAGCAGACUCUGUUGCUGUCCAACAACUCAACCCCAGUCAGUCAAACUCCUUAUAUCACUUGACCACUGGAGGGCGCCAUCUCCUCCUGAGGAAACAGCAGAAGACCUCCCGAGCCAUGGAGACAGAGUUCAGGUUGUUGAAAUCUCUCAGUGGAUCCGGCAUCCCUGUUCCAGAGAUCAUUGAUCUGUGUGAGGACCCAAGUGUCCUGGGUGCUCCCUUCCUCUUGAUGGAGGUCUGUUUAGGGAGGAUGUUCAGUGACCCCUCCCUACCAGGCCUGACCCCUGGGGACAGGAGGGCCUUGUACCAAGCCAUGCAACACACACUUCGCCAGAUCCACUGUCUAGAUCCUAGAGCAGUCGGCCUGGAGGACUACGGCGAGCCAGUGGAUUACAUGGGGCUUCAGGUACAGUGGUGGACUCAGCAGUACAGGGACAGUGAGACUCCGCCCAUCCCAGCCAUGGAGAGACUCAUACAGUGGCUUCCUCUGCACCUCCCCAAACACCAGAGAUCUACGCUGAUCCAUGGAAGCUUCAGCCUGGAGAACCUUGUGUUCCACCCAGAGAAGCCAGAGGUGGUUGCGGUGAUGGACUGGGGCCAUUCCAGACUGGGUGACCCUCUAACAGACCUGACCUUCAGCUGUAUGGCUCACUGCCUGCCCCAGGACAACCCUCUACUGACAGGUAUAUCUGACAGGGGCCUAGUCCAGCUGGGUAUCCCCACUGUGGAGGAGGUGAUGGGGCAGUACUGCAGCUCUAUGGGUCUGGAAGAGGGAGUCCCAGACUGGAACUUCUACAUGGCCUUUCACCUCUUCUGCCUGGCAGCCAGCCACCAGGGAGAGAGCAAGAGUACCAUUGCAGGAACAACCGGCUCCGGGAGGUUAGCUGAGCAGGUGGCUGACCUGGCCUGGGACUUUGCCACCAAACAGGGCUUCCGUAUCUUCAACGCCAUGCCCAGGUCGCCUCAUGCAGGCACCUCCCCUUUAAAGGGUCAAGUAGCAGAGUGACCGCUUUGUUGUUUUUCAAAUCCUGGAUUACUCCCUUUAAAACCUGAUUUCAGUAGCAGAGUGACCGCUUUGUUGUUUUUCAAAUCCUGGAUUACUCCCUUUAAAACCUGAUUUCAGUAGCAGAGUGACCGCUUUGUUGUUUUUCAAAUCCUGGAUUACUCCCUUUAAAACCUGAUUUCAGUAGCAGAGUGACCGCUUUGUUGUUUUUCAAAUCCUGGAUUACUCCCUUUAAAACCUGAUUUCAGUAGCUGAAGCGAUUGGCGGCAUAGAGGAAGUCGUAUGUUCUUUGUUGCAGCUUAAGUACACAUUACAUCACUACAUUUAUACCCAGGAUAUUGUUUUUCAACGGGAAAACUGGAGUGGGACUGUACGGGGUGUCUUAGAGAGGAUGACUGCCCACCCAACCCAGACUUCCAGAGCUCAGCUGUUCAUCCACUAUUCCCUCCAGGAGCCAGGAAACGGCAUCCUUCCCUGGGCAGGGUCGCCCCUGGCCGUAGAUGGACUAAAACUGAUAGGGAAUUGCUGUGCCUCAGAAUAUUUUGCACUUGUUUUUCUCUUCCCGGCUUUUUUCUACUAAUAACAGCUGUUUCCAAGAAGGCUUUUCUUGCAAUAACUGUGGUUGUUUUUUUUCCCCUACAAAACUUCAUCUCUGGACGAGAGUGUCCGCUACAUGAAUAAAAUGUAAAUGUUUGCUCAGGUCUAUUACUUCGAUUCAGUUUACAUUAGUUCAAACUUUAUGGAGCCUGUGGAAGCUAUGGUCAGCAAUGCUUGUCAGUCCUGGGCUUUACUCAACCAAUACCUCUAAUUAAAUAACCCACACAAAGUAUCUAGUCAGAGAUGUCAGUAUAUGACAUGGCAUUACAUUAUUGUAUGACACAACCACAGUCUGUUAUAACUUUGUAUAUUCUGUCAUAAUAAAGUAUAUCACUAUUAUUUUCUACA